AUGGCCAAUACAAAGGUGUCUCCGUUUGCUUGUUUCCUCUUGGUACUGCUGGCAGUGUCCAAUGCAGCUGUGGUUUUACUGGGACGGGCAACUACUAGCAAGACGUUUGUGGCCAACGGAGAUCAUUUCUCUAUCGGGCACAUGAUCAUCGUCACGGAAUGCCUCAAAUUUCUCGUUGCUGCUCUUUUGGAAGAGCACCACAGCUACUGGGGUCUCAAAAUAUCCAUCAAGAAGCAUAUAAUUGAAAAUCCACGAGAUGCCAAGAAAAUGGCAAUCCCGGCAUUUCUCUAUUUUGCCGAAACCAGUCUUAUCUUUGCAGGUCUCUCCAACCUCUCCAUUCCAACAUUUCAAGUAGCAUUUCAAAGCAAAAUCCUCAUGACAGCGCUGCUGUCGGUCGUCAUGCUCCAGCGCAAAUACACAUCGGUGCAGUGGACUUGUCUUGUGACGCUGGUGUUUGGGAUAUCCCUUGCAAUUGCUGCAGAACUGUUCAGAAGUGGAACUCCCGACGGGCACUGGCAUGGGUUCCUGUAUGGCAUUGCGAAUGUUUUGUUGGCUGGCUUGGCCAUGUCAUUUGCCACUGUCUACUUUGAAAAGGUUGUCAAGGAAUCCUCCAAUGAAGAUGAGGAAGCCAGCCCCAUGAUGCUUGAAACAAGCCAAGAGAAUAAUCUUCCACCGGCUUCGCUCUGGAUGCGUACAAUGCAGCUAUCCUUUUUCUCCAUCCUCGUUGCCAUUGGAAGAGAUAUGUUUGAGGGCUCUGAGGACAACAAUAAGUCAUUCUUUCAUGGGUUCACUGUUUGGGUGUGGAUUCUCACGAUUCUGAAUGCACUGAUGGGUGUUCUGGUUGCGGCAGUGAUCAAGUAUGCCGACUCUGUCCUCAAGGCAUUGGCUACUUCCCUAUCGGUGAUUUUGUCCACACUCUUGUCGGCCGUGUUUUUUGGGACGCGGCUGACCCCAACCUUCCUGUUCGGGAUGCUCUUGGUGGUUGGAUCUGUCUUGGGAUUUUCUUUGCAUAUUGAUGGUGCUUCCUCUCGGCCCCUUUGGGAAAUCCUGAUGAGCAGUCCGAUCUUUGGUGGCCGUUCUUGGUCAUCCAUGGGGGAAAGAGGCAGCCAGAAUGCGGAAGAUUCGCUCGCUGCUCCACUAUUGGUGAUAUAG